ACUUUCACUACAAAUAUAUCAAACGAAAAAAAUUCCUUAAUACAAGUUGUACAAGAGGAAAUUUCUAAUAACGAGGUGGCGAGCUCUGAUUUAUGUUCAACUACCGCUUACGAUUUUUACAACCAACCACGACGACGGUCUUCGGAUCUCUCUCUUGAAAACAAUCGUUCAACCCAUCAUAUAGUGAACUUUGAUAAUGUAUUGGCGUUUCAAUCUCCUGAUACUAAUGAUACAAACCCACAAGACAAUGGUUCUAGACCAUCAAGAAAUAUUUAUUAUAGAACUAGACGUACAAGUCAAAAUUCUUCUUCCACCGCACAAACUCCUCGAAACUUUAUCACACUAAUAAAACCAACAAAGGAAAAUUUUAUCAUCAUAUGUAUCCCGUUGAUUAUUUUCUUGAUAGGAAUUUCAAUCGCUAUUGUGGUAUUACUAUUUAUUAUGUCACAAGAAGAAAAACGUUAUAAGGAAUCAUUCGAUAAUCUAUGCAUGCAAAGAAUAAAUGCUAUAGUUGCUAAUUUUACGACGGGUUUGAACAUUGGAAAGGACUUUGUAGGAUUUUUUACCGUAAUCGCGGGCAUUGUCCCAAAUAUAAUAGAUGAUGCAUCAGGCGAUGUUACCGUGAACACGUUCGGAAAUCUAUCUGCAUUCACUGAAAUGGAUAUCCGCACGAUGAAUUUUUCUCCAAAAAUCCUUGAUGUUGAACGUUCAAAUUAUGAAGCGAAACAUGGCAUAAUUAGAGAGUGGGACGAUCAAAAUGGAAAGCAAAUUCUACGAGUUAAUAACACGGAAUAUUUCCCCAUACGAUAUUCUAUACCUUGGAGAAAUGAUACAUCGACCUUAUUGAACUUCGAUUUGUCAUCAGAAAAUGAGAGGAAAGCAGCAAUUAUGAAAGCGAGAAAAACAAGAAAACUGACAAUAACUCCGAGAAUUCCACUGGCAUACAAUAAACAAAAAGAAGGGAUUGUAGUUUUUUUUCCAUUUUAUAAUAAUUUCGUGAAAGGCGUCGGUCAGCAAGUGGUACAAAGUGCGAACGUCGAUGUUUAUGGGUUCAUUGUAGGAGCGUAUGAGUUGGACCAUACUAUUGAAACUGUCACACAGGGAGUUGAUGAACAAACUAGUAUUGGAUUUGAUAUAGUUGAUGUAGAAAGUGGUACAUCUAUUUAUACCAAAGAUCAUAAUAUAAAUUGGCAUUCUUCUGAUUUUAGUAGACAGGAAAAUCGUUCUAUAGGAGAUCGUCAAUGGUCAUUUACUUGUCGUACUUCUAUGGCUGAAUACAAUAGAUCAAUAUCAAGAUAUUCGCCAGCGGUAUUUUUUGUGCUAAUUGCAGUGUUCUUUAUUUUUGUUGCCUUUUUAUCAAUGAAAUAUUUUAGAAAACUUUUUAAAACGCGGGAUCGAUUUACUGAACAAACAGCUAGAUUAGGAAGAACGCAGAGUCUUCUUAAAUCAAUAACAGCGGAUUCAAAAGCUGUAUUAGAAGCGAUAGCAGAUCCAUUAGUCGCGUUGAAUUCCAAAGGAGAAAUAGUUGGAGCUAAUCAGCAUGCAUUAAGAGUAACAGGAUAUUCACCGGAGGAAAUUAAAGUUGCAAAUAAGAUGCAUAUAAAUCAAUUAUUGCUUCCUGCAGCUGAAACACCAAUGGAGGAAAGAAAUCUUGCAUCACUCGAUCCAUCGAAUGAAAAUAAUCUCAUUAUAGAUGUACCUGUUAGACCCGGUAUGAGGGAUGUAUUAGCAAAAAAGAAAGAUGGUACAGUAUUUGAAGCGGAAGCCAAUUUCUCUCAACCAAUUGUUGAGAAAAAUUAUUUUACACAAGUAGUAAUGUUUAGAGAUGUAUCAUUUAAGAAAGAGAAUGAAAGAUUAGUUAUGGAAGCCAAGAAAGAUGCUGAUUUAGCUAAUCAAAGUAAAACGGAAUUCUUGUUCUUUUUAUGUCAUGAGAUACGAAACCCUACACAUGCGAUAUUAGGAUUUGCGGAAAUGUUACGAAAUUCAUUGAAAGAAAAAGAACAAUUUGAAGAGUUGGAAAGCAUAAUGUCAGCAGGAAAGUUCUUAUCGUUUAUAGUAAACGAUAUUCUCGAUUUGACGCAUUUCACCAAUCCAGACCCUUAUGAAAUCGAUUUAAAGUGUGAAGAAUUUAGUCUCCACACACUGGUUGACAGCAUAGCCAAAAUCCAAUCUAUCGAAGCAGAUCAUAAAAACAUUCAAAUAAAGACAAUAAUUGAUGGAGGAUUAUUACAAAAAGUAUACGGUGAUGAACGUAGAUUGGAACAAAUAUUAAUGAAAUUAUUGUCGAGGAGUAUUGAAGUUGCACCGAACGAUGGAAUUGUGGAAUUAAUAGUUGAACAGAAACAAGUUCAUCGUAGCAAAGGUGUACUAUUGAGAUUCUCAGUAAGAGACCAAAGUAAUGGAUUGAGUUCGGAUGAAGAAAUACAAGAAUUAUUUAAACCAUACUCAAAGACUAAUAGUAGUAUUGGAUCAAGAUUUCAUGCACAAGGUUUAUCAAUGGCAUUAGCCCAAGCGAUUGUUAAGGUAAUGGGAGGAAGAUUAGUCAUAGAAAAAGUGAACAAGAAUAGUAAUAUUGUUGGCGGUGGUAAAUUAAAAGAAGGCGCCAAUGCUAGUAAUCAUGUAUGGUUUGAGAUAUGGUUAUUAACGAAGGAAGCUAAUGAAUAUAAUGAAAAAGGACAUUUAAUAAGAGAAUCGUUUGAUAGCACAGUCCUUAGUAAAGCUGGUAGUGCAGGCAGAAAUUCAUUCAAAAUUACCAGCGCACCCGGGUCAACCGAUGGUAAAUUGAUGGAUGAUACAAUACUAGUAAGCUCGGAUUUUGUUGAACAUGGAGUAACUCCUGAAUUUAAGGCACAGGCUCAGCUUCGUAGCACGAGGAGCAUGUCAUUAGCAAAACCACAUCGUAUUAGCCGAACAUAUAAGAGUACGAUAAGGAAGAAACGAAGAGCUACAUUGACCGGGGCAAAGAAUACUAGCAGUACUAGGUCAGCUACGAAUGCCGCUACUAAUUUCUUUAGAAAAGGAAGUAUAAUGUUGGCAUCUGGAUUAGCCAGAGCGAGUACCAUUUCUCAUAGUAGUAAUUAUGAUCAAUCAUCACCUUCUCCAUUAGCUGCUAAUUUUUCACAAAAUUCUGUGAACGACGUUAUAAUACACAAGAACGAAGACAAAAACAUUGCUAGCAGCGUUCAAAUAGAAUCGCAGGAGAAUACGCUUCCUCCUAUAAUAUCAUAUUAUUCUGGUGGUAAUGCUAAUGCUCCACCUGUUCUUCAGGAAUUCAAUAAUCUAAUAUCCGAGUCUGUUAAAACAGGUUCAAUUAAGUCAAAAAAUAGUAGCAAUUUUUCAUUAAAUACCUCAACCUCUAUGUCGAACAGACGGAAUAUAUCGAACAUGCCGAUGCCUCCAAAUAACGCAUCUGUUUCUGUCGGUGCAUCAUCCACUUCAAAUUCACCACAGCAACAUCCUCUCCAUUUCUCCAUACCAAAUGAUAACCCGAUACUCACACCUCCUUUUUCAUAUGCUGCUCGUCCUCCUUCAUUAACUUUAACAACAGAAUAUGAUGGUAAACUUUCUACUUCUGUAGAUAUAUCUGCCAAUGUACAAGUUGAUUCUACAGCUACUGCUUCUUCAGAACCUCAAAAGCAGUUAAAGAUUUUACUUGUCGAAGAUAAUUUGGUGUGCCAACGAGUAACAUAUAAAAUGUUGUCGAGAAAUAAUUAUUUAGUGGACAUUGCAAAUCAUGGUAAAGAAGCUGUUGAUAUUGUGGAUAUAUAUCAAAAUCAAAAUCAACAAUAUGCAUGCAUACUUAUGGAUAUCAUAACACCUGUGAUGAACGGAUAUGAAGCUACUCAAAUAUUAAGAGAACGUGGUGUAGAUAUACCGAUAUUAGCAUUGACUGCCAACAGUUUUGAAAGUGAUGUAAAGAAAGCCAUGGAUGUCGGGAUGAAUGAUUUCUUAACUAAACCUAUCAAAGAGGCGGAAUUGAUUGACGCAAUAAGAUUACAUAUUGAGAAAUAUGAGAAUCGAUACUUAUCACAAAAUCAACAAGACGAUUCUAUGGAAAUAUCUGUUGAAAAAGAUCAAUACUUGACA